AUGUCGGCUCUCAUAUCUCGUGAAUUCUGGAUUGUGUCGAUUAAAUCUGUCUUACACACCGUCACACGCGGCUGUCCCGUCUGCGUGCGUUUUGAUGCGAAACCGCCGCAACCUAUAAUGGCCGACUUGCCAGCCGCACGAGUACAGCAGAGUAGGCCGUUCGCGAGAGUAGGAGUUGAUUACGCUGGUCCACUUCAAAUGCGUGAAGUGCAACUUCGAAAAUCUCGAGUAUAUAAGGUCUACAUCGCCGUUUUUGUUUGCUUUUCGGUCAAAGCUGUCCAUCUGGAGGUGGUCACGGAGUUGUCGACUGAAGCGUUCCUUGCUGCCUUUGACAGGUUUGUCGCGCGACGAGGCUUGCCGUCAGAAAUUUUCUCGGAUUGCGGCACGAAUUUUGUUGGCGCGGAUAAGCAACUUCAGCUACUGAUUAACAGUCCGGAAGGUCAACGCGCAAUCUCUGAAACGCGCGCAUCAUGUCAAUGGCAUUUCAAUCCCCCAAGUGCACCCCAUUUUGGUGGCUUGUGGGAAGCAGCGGUCCGGUCAACAAAACGACUGUUAAUCCGCACAAUGGGUACGCAUGUCCUUACGUACGAAGAGUUCACUACUUUACUCACCCGUAUCGAGGCAGUGCUUAAUUCGAGACCAUUGACCCCAUUAACCACGGACCCAACUGACCUUGAAUAUUUGUCCCCUGGACACUUCCUAAUCGGGCAACCUCUGUUGGCUGUACCUCCCCGAGUAUCGUUUGAGUCACGCGUAAAUUUAACCCAACGCUGGAAGCUGCUCGACCAAUGCCAUCAAGCAUUCUGGCGACGUUGGUCAACCGAAUAUCUGACUUCGCUUCAAGGGAGAUCGAAAUGGACAACUGAAGCCCCCAACGUCAAGGUCAACGACAUGGUAGUAGUAAUUGACAACCAAUCUCCACCACUGGCAUGGCGCCUUGGGCGUAUUCUUGAAGUAUUACCUGGCAACGACGGUGUCGUACGCGUCGUGCGAUUGUUGACGAGUCAUGGUCAAAUCACUCGACCUGUUGCCAAAGUAGUGGUGUUACCCACCCAAUAA